UGCCGCGCGGCGGCGCAGGCGCGGGGCGGCGGCGGCGAUGGCGUCGGGGUGCCGGAUCGGUCCCUCCAUCCUCAACAGCGACCUGGCGGCGCUGGGCGCCGAGUGCAGCCGCAUGUUGGACUGCGGCGCCGACUACCUGCACCUGGAUGUAAUGGACGGACACUUCGUCCCGAACAUCACCUUCGGCCACCCCGUCGUGGAGAGCCUGCGCAAGCAGCUGGGCCAGGAGCCCUUCUUCGAUAUGCACAUGAUGGUGGCCAGGCCAGAGCAGUGGGUGAAGCCGAUGGCGGUCGCUGGCGCGAACCAGUACACCUUUCAUCUCGAAGCCACAGACAAUCCCGGGGCGUUGAUAAAAGACAUUCGGGAGAAUGGGAUGAAGGUCGGCUUGGCGAUCAAGCCUGGCACUACAGUUGAACACUUGGCACCUUGGGCCAAUCAGAUAGACAUGGCUUUGGUGAUGACAGUAGAACCUGGAUUCGGAGGGCAGAAAUUUAUGGAAGACAUGAUGCCAAAGGUUCAGUGGCUGAGGACACAGUUUCCUUCGCUGGAUAUUGAAGUGGAUGGAGGAGUUGGGCCUGACACCAUCCAUAAGUGUGCAGAGGCAGGCGCAAAUAUGAUUGUAUCUGGCAGUGCUAUUAUGAAGAGCGCAGAUCCAAGAUCUGUGAUCAAUCUUCUCAGGAAUGUGUGUUCAGAAGCAGCUCAAAAGCGCUGCCUGGAUCGAUGAGACCUACUCGAGCAGUGUUCAAGAAGGCUCUGUGCGUGCAGGAGAACCCUUGUUUCUCGUGCGUAAGGGAGGGCUGGAUGAACAUUAAUUAUGGAAACUUGUUGCUGCUGAACAGAGGAAUCGUUCCUUCGCUGCAAUGAAGCAAGCAGCAGUGAAAAAACCAUUCUGGCUGUCUUUCAGGGUUGGAAAUGCAAUGGUUUGAACCUGUCUCUUGAUUCUGUGGAGGCUAAUUUUACGGCACAACCUGUAACGCUGACUGGAUUGAACUACACUUCGGUCAGAUUUUGCUUGCUAGAAGAGUGUAGCAUCACCACAAGCAAUCUCUCUUGUGGAAGACUAAUCAAACUGCCUUCUGCUGUCUGUAUUUUGUCACUUGAUCUAUUCAUUCCUACAAAACUUUUCCAAUAUCUGUAUUAAACACCCCUCCCUUGGUGUGGUAAGUCUCCUUUAAGCCUAUUGUCAACAGUGAGUGGUUUGGGGAGCAAGUUUGGGGAAAAUGCAGUUUAAGAGGGCUAAAAAAUCCCAUGGAUGCUAGAAAUGUUCCUGUUUUGCUUUUACUGUGCUAAUCACAACGAGGCUAAUCAUCCUGUACAGUCCGUGUACCUGAAGAAUUCUAGGACACAAAUCAUCUCUUCCUAAAGUAAAUGUCUAGUGUACGUCUGAUGAAUCACACUGUGGAGAAGUAUGUUUUUCUUCAGUAAUUAUAGUUCACCUGUACCUAACUAAACUGUAGUCACCUAAAGUCAGGUAAGAGUAAUCCAAGCCAUAAUGUCUAAAUAUAAUUUUUUGCCUAUUGCAUAAUAAGAACUUCAAAUAUUUACAAGGGAAAUAGGUAAGGAUUUUGUUAAAUUAGUCCUCGCUCAUCAGUGAUCAACAUUUCUAGUUAAUCACCUGACAUUUUUUUAUGGUAGUUGAGAGGUUCAGAAUGGAUUUUCCUUCAGCUGUCUAGAAAUGUGUGCUUUUGAGCUGGAACCAAACACCAUCUAUCUCGUCUCAAGUGAGAAGCUUCAAAAAAUGAGGGUGGGAAGGAGGGCAAGGGAGGUUACUGUAAUGCGAGUAAACACCUUCCUUUAGAUGUCGAUAGCAGUACCAACCAAGUUACGGCUAUAAUUCUGCAUUCUGUUAUUCUCCUGUAAAGGAUGAUUAGCCUCGUACUUGACCUACAUAAGCCAAGCAUCAAACAAGUCAGUCACAAACUGGGAAAUACCUUCUCGUUUACCUUUCAAAUAGCCAGUUUUAAGACAGCUGUGUCUGAAAUUCCUGGAAGUGAUGGGAUUCCACCAAAGAAUGUUGCUUUAAAACCCUAUAGUUAAAAUUUUAUCUUGACACACAGCCUCCUUGGUUUGUGCAUAUGCCUGAGUAAACGCUUAAGAUAGAUAGAUAGCAACAUACAGGGAUGUCGUCUACUGAAGUGAUUUCAGUGUACGUAGGCUAAAAAGCGCUGCAUGGAGCUGGCUCUGUGAAACGCCUCUUGGUUAUGAAACCAAAUAGUUCUCAUACCGUCGAUUUGCUUGUGCCGACUUCACAGCCCGGCCUGUUUGGGCACGUGAAAGGCGAGAAUUACAACCCACUAGCGGAAGACCUGAGCAGGUCAUUUUAGAUAGGCCUGCCUCCCAUGGCUCUAAUUAGUAUUGCUGACUCCUUUCAUAUUUCAUGGUAUUCUGCGUGGUAUUUUUCCCUUUAAGUUGUAAUUACAGAAGGGCUGCAAACAGCCUGCUGCCCCAGGCCAGAAGGCCCAACAGCUGCAGCCAGUCCACUUCCACAAGGCCAGCGUCAAAUCUGUUGUCCUCGCAGCAAAGCUGGGCACGUCACCUGCCAAAUGCCAAGGCAGUGCUAGAGCUGAUGCACCCCCGUCUAUGCCCAGGACCUGCGAGGUGUCCCACAGACAGGCCUCUGCUCGGUGGCUGCGGAAGGAGCUGGCGGGGGUACAGCGUGGGUCACUGCCGUCAUUAAGGAGGAGGAGCUACGGCUAGUUCAAACAAUCCAGCCAAGUGUCUGAAAGGGCGAAACUACUACCUUUUCCUCGGCGGUUAAUUGUGCUUUAGGUGGACAAAUGUCUUUGCUUCCUGUUUCCACUUGCAACCCCAUGUGAGAACUAGCAAAAGACGGCUUCAUCUGGACCUACUGCACUGAAGACAUCUUUCAGAAGAGGUUUGAUGAAAGCAAGCUUGGCUAGGAAACGUGGUAGUCCAGAUGGCUGCUAGACGUGUUAAAAUCUGUCCUUCUGGAAAGAACCCGUGUAACAUGCAUGGAGAAGGUCACGGCUCUGGUGUCUGAAAUGCAGGCCAAGCCGCCACAAACGGCCUGUGACAGUGUUAGUCUAGGAUUUGGCAGUGUGGCUUUUCAUGCUAUGGAAAGCAGUAGGACAACAGCUGUAGUAUCCUUGCCUCCUGCAGCUGACUGUAAACUGGUUUGAAAGCUACUUCUGGCUUUUUUUUGUUUCUAAUUAAUUUGAGGGGGGUGGAUGUCCCAAAGUCAUGCUGGUUAAUCCAUGGUGCUGUAGCUGGCUACAGCAUGUUUUCUUUCACAGGUUGAAGUCACUUUGUCAUCGUUUUAAAUCUGGUAGUUUGCACUUCUGUUGAGCCUCAGGUUACGCGUGUUGUGGGAGGGAGAAAUUAUACCCGGAGUGGAAUUACUCAACUGCCGCUUUCCAUCUAAAUCCCACCCAGGUGGGUCAAUGCAGCUGGCUGCUACCGCAGCAGCUUUUUACACGUGUAAGGGUGAAUGUGACCCCAGACCAUCCCUGGAAGGAACAGUAAUGAUACUUGUUCUUCUCAUGCUUAAGACUGUUCCAGUUUCUUGCCUCUGUACGUUAACAGAAGUAAUCUGUCAGACUCUAUCGAGGCCUGUCCUCCUGCACUCGGUAAUGGAACCCCACAGCGCCGCAGCCACAGGACUUGGACCAAACACUGACAUGAAAAACCGAAAGAGCUGCUUGUGUGGUAUCCCUGGGGCCAGAUAAACCCCAGGACUGUUCAAUGUUGCAAUACUCUGAUAAAGCAAAGUUUCAGCAACAUGGGAGAGCAGAGUCUGGUGAUGUUAGUCACGUGGUCAAGAGCGGUGCAGGGUGAGCUGACGGAGCAAAGGCUCUGUCUGCACUGGAAAACAGGAUAAAAGAAACUCUCAUCAGGCCGAGUAGGGCAGGGCUGGGCAUGUGCUCCAUAGGCUGGUCCAGGGCACAUCCCUGAGCAAGAUAAAAAAACUGCGGUGGACGCACACAGGGCUUUAUUUUAAUAGGGCUUACAAGUUUGUAUUGGUACUUACAUUCCAUUAAGGUCCUGGAUGCAGAGAUGAUGCGUUUAAACCCCGCAGCAGGGUGCAGAACAUAAGUGGCCUUAAAAAAAAAAAAAUCUCUCCCUUGAAAAUGGUGAGAACAAAGCACAAGGGAAAUGGCUUUCUCUGUGAAGCUGCAACACCCCAGUUUCACGCGUGGGGCACCUUGCUGUAUUAUGGUUAAGUUGGCAUUUCACAGCCUUUGUAAUACCUUCAGCCACAGCAGUCGGUGCAGCGCUGCCAGCUGUUUUCAUCGCUUAACAGCCAGAAGCCAAGCACAUUGCUGUGUUAUUGUCCCAUCCCGCACACUGCCCCCCCCCCCAUUUAAUACUUUGCAAAGAAAGAAAACAAGCAUGGGUUUCUUACAUAUUUUGUGGCUUUAACUGUGAGCCUUGCUCUGAGCUCUCAGCCCACUCCCACCACCAGCAGGUUCCUCGGGAUCCCAGCAUUCAUGCAAGAGGUGAUGAGCCAGGAGGUGGGGGGACAGGCUGCAGGCGGUAUGAAGGUACUAGUGCCGAUGCCCGCUGCAUGCAGCGCAGGUGAAGAAGAUGAAGUGGGGGUGGGGCUGGUCCGGUGACCAUGUUCAGUUAAGAAGUUUGCUAACUUUGUCCCAGUAGUGAAAUGGGGCUACUGAAAAUUUGGGUGCCUCACUGGCUGGAGCAAAGAUGCAGAAAGUAGAGACAGAGCGAGCAGGGCACAGCGCCCGGUCUGCUGCAAGGAGGUGGUAAAUGAUUAGAGGUGCUGCAGGUGAGGAACAGCCUGGGGUGUCCCAAAAAGCAUUUCGCUUGAUGUGCGCACAGUGUUUCCCCAUCUGCCCCUGCCAGAUGAAGGGCUGCUCAAGGUGGGCAGGCAACAUGAGAAGAGCAAACGCAGCCUCUCACCCCUCCCCCUGGCCUUGCCAGCCACACUCACAUGGGCUGCUCACCCGAUGGCAGAAACCUGCGCCCCACUAACAGCUGGAGAGCAGCCCCGUGCUGGGCCCGCAGAGGAAGAACUGCUCUGGCACAGUUCUGCGGCCGUGCAGUUGCCUAAGCAGCUCUCUGUGGGAAGGCAGUUGCAGUUUGCGGCCACAGGUCGAGCCAGCCGAGAGGCAGAUGUUGGAGAAAAGACUUCUGAUGGUGGUAGGAGUGGGGUAAUGACCAAAUAGAGAUUUUCAUGGUUUCUUCAGGGGUUUUUUUUUUCAGUCUCCUGGUUUCCUGGCCUUUCUUUGGCUAGCCUUUUUAUUGCUGCUUUGUGAGGCACUAGCUGGUUCCUACAGUGAGUGACAAGAACAUCUAAAGAGGGGACAAAGAAAACGUGCUUACUCUUGCUUGUGUCGAUAACGGCUUGUGCAGCCCCUGCAGCUGGCAAGGUAACAGGCAGUUGCUUUCGGCCAGCACACUGGAGACUGACCCAAACCCACCACAAUGGUUCCACAGGACACCACAGCCGGGAACUGAACAGCAGUGCAGGAACAGCUUUACGGUCCACCAGGCUGACCAAACUUGAUUAAUCCAGCUCCUUUCGCACAGGUUUUUUUGGCCUCAUUUUAACACCCUUCCCUGCCCACCCCCCAAUCUAGAAAAACACUCUCCUUUCGCUCCUUCCCAUAAAUUGCAUUUCCAUUUACGGGCAGCACGUUCAGGCCAUCUAAGGCAGCUAGCCGGCUGGUUUACUUGGUCCGUCCCAUCUCUUAAAUUGCAGAAACUCCUCACGUUGCCCCAGGGACCAGACAGAGCAGGAAGCCCUGACCUUACAACAAAGCUGGGUGAGAGCUGGUCAGAUCAGACGUCUUAAUGAAUGGAUACAGCUACAGAAGAGACCGGCAAAGCGUCUGAGACAUGAAACUGUCAGGAACCUUUUCCCAGCAGCAGAUGCACAUGCAGGACAAGAGAUGGAAAAAUCCACUCUCUAUUCGGACGCUGGGGGACCUUGGCCUCACAGCACCAGCGC